AUGAACAGUCACACUGGGGUGCGACCGUUUCCGUGCUCUGUGUGUGGUAAAAGUUUUACGCAGAAACCUCACCUGGUCCGACACCAGACUAUUCACACAGGAGAUAAUCCGUAUCCUUGCUCUGAGUGGGGGAGAUGCUUCAGACAUAGCAAUGCCCUGAAGCGCCAUUUAACGUCUCAUGCUUGUUCUGUGUGUGGGAAAUGUUUUGACGGUAGCUCCGAUCUUUGUGAGCAUCUGGCGGAACGUUCUGGGGAGCUGCCAUUUUCCCGCUCUGAAUGUGGGAAGUAUUUUCCACAACCGUCGCUGCUCACACAGCAUCGAACCAUUCACAGUGGGGAGAGACCGUAUUUGUGCUCGGAAUGUGGGAAGUGCUUCAGAAGGAAAGACAUACUGAUGCUUCAUUUGCGGUCCCACAUGGGAGAGAAGCCAUUUUCUUGCUCUGAUUGUGGGAAAUGUUUUACAGCUGACUCCAGUCUUUCCAAACAUCGCAGAAUACACACAGGAGAAAAACCGUUCCAGUGCUCCAAAUGUGGGGAAUGUUUUAGAUAUAAACAAAGGGGAAGUGGGAACGUAAAAGAGCAGAUGGAACGCUCAUCCCGAAAGCAAUGCUGGUGGAACGCAAGGAAGUACAGCUCAAGUCACUCUGGUGGAACGCACAACGCGGAAGUUAUGCAGGUGGACCGCACGAUGCGGAAGUGA